CAUCAUUAAGAGGUCGAACAAUUCUAAACGCACGUCUAAGAGCCUCAUCUGUUCUAAGAUUAAAAAAAAAAGGGAAAAAGAAAAAAGAAAAAAAAAUCAUCCUUGUUGCGAACCCUAACCCUAACCCUAAUCCGAACUUUCGAAAGGGGAGCGCGAGAACGAUUCCGAGCCUCAGUUCUCCGACCUUCGAUUUCUCUCAGGAUCUCUCCCCUUCUCUCUCUCGACGAGACCCUUAUUCGUGGGCCGGCGAGGGGUUCCGCUUUCCGAUCUUUUGAAACCCUAGCUCGACGAAGAGGACGAUCCGAUGGAUGCUAAACCAAUAACAACUGAAGCUAUCGCUAUCACUGAGAAAAAGAUGGACAUGACUCUGGAGGAUAUUAUUAAAAUGUCGAAGAAAAAUAAUUCCAAAGGCAAAAGACCACCAAGGAUGCCUAAUAAAAGCCGAGGCUUUCCCAAUGGUAAUCCUUCUCAAGGUAACUCCAAGGUUCAGAGGUUCAUGGAUUCUAGGUCGUCAAUCAGACAGGGUGUACUUGCUCAGAGGAGGUCGAAUUUUCGAGGGAACCAAUUUCCUGUGACAACACAAGUUGCAAAGAAGGCUGCAGCCAUGCCUAUUCGGAACAGGGCGGCCAAUUGGGGCAAGCCAAGAGUUGCACCAGCAUCAGUACAAAGGAAAGAUGCUGCUGCUGGAAAGGAUAAGGUGUUGGUGCCAAAACAAAGGCCUCAAACCUUAGAUGCACUGUUUGCGACCAUGAAGGAGCAGAGGAUGAGAAACAUAUCUCAGCAGCCAGCAGGCGGUAGUGGCCGUCAGGUUGCAGCACGGAGGCGUCGUAACCAGCAAUGGCAAGUCAGAGGCGGCAAUGGUGCUGCAUCUGCCGCCAGUGGACGGCGAUUUGGCAACUUAUCUCGGUGAUGAUCGCACUCUGCCUCCGAAAUGCAUGCGUGUUUCGGUGAUCUUCGUUGUUCGCUCUCACAUAUUGCGCGUCAUCAUUUCACCUUUCAUCUCUUCUGCUAUUGUUGCAACAAGAAUACGCCUACCAUGUAGUUUUGUUUCGUUGUUUCUUUUCUGCUUUUUUCUUUGGAAGAAUAUUCAGGAAAACUUUUCGAGUAGUGUAUGGAUUUUAGACGAGGAUUUGAUUGUCUGCUUUUUCCUUCAAUAUGUGUACUGUAACUAGUUCUGCUAUGUCAAAAGAGUAUUUGCCUUCACCUAUCA